UGCACACACAGACACACAGUACUGCAGAGAUGAACAUAGACAUGUCUCUUUACUUUCAGAGGUAACUUUGGUCUGGAAUAGGAGACUUUGAGCCUGUCUCGUUGUCAGAAGAAUCUUGAUCCCAGUCCCUAGAAAGUGGUCAGAGGAUGUCAGUGAAAUUGCAAUUCAGUUGUCCAGCAGAAGGUGGCAUGGUGCAGAGGAGUCGCUCCUUCACUGGAGUUAACAGUCUCUCUGUCAGACAUAGGCUAUCUUCUACUCGCACUUCUCUGCGCACCAAAGGCCUGGAAGGAAGAUCAAUAAGAAUCCCCACUUUUAUUCAGGGUGAUGGCAGUAUUCGGGGACAACAGCCUGAGCAGGUGGACAAAGUUUUUCAGGCUUUACAGAAGGGGCUCAAGGAGUCUCUUGAAGGCCACAAGACAAAGCUGGAUUUCCUCUCAUCCCAGCAAACAGACACUGUAAAGACUUCAAGACUGGCUUUUUUCUAUGACUUAGAGAAGGAAAUAAAAUCCUUGGAAAGAUACAUACGGCGACUGGAGUUCCAAAUUAGCAAGGUAGAAGGGCUGUAUGAGACUUAUUGUAUCCAGUGGCGAUUAUGCCAAGGAGCUGUUAAUAUGAAGCGAGCCUUUUCACUCUCUCCCUCCUCACGGGCAUCACAAGAAAGUCUGCUGGAGUUGACCCGCAAUCACAGACACAGCUUGGAGGAUUUGUGUGCAAUGGAAGGGGAGUUGGCGAUUUUACUGGGAAAACUGCAAAUAAAAAUGAAAGGUUUGACAGGCUUUGCUCGACUUUGUCCAGGGGAUCAGUAUGAGGUGUUAAUCCGUCUGGGGCGACAGAGGUGGAGAAUCAAAGGGCAGAUCCAGGCUGAUGACAAACAACUGUGGGAUGAAGAGGAAAAAGUUUUCCUCCCUCGUAUCCAUGAGAGCUUUGAGAUCAAGGUAUCAGAGGUGAAGGGCCUCAGCUCCAGCUUAGUUGGAAUGGUGACAUGUAAGUGCACAGACUUUUACACUCCACAAAUGAUAGUUGUUGACAUUACAGAACUGGGAACCAUCAAACUCCAACUGGAGGUGGACUGGAGUCCAUUUGACAGUGACGUGAUUAAGAAUCUUAUGUCAUCAACCAGUCGACAUUAUUCCCAAAGCAGGAAAAGACCGGCACUCUCUCCAUUUGUCUAUGAAACGGCCAGUCCUCCUCCAAUCUUCCCUGACCUUUCCAUGGAUUGUGAUUCAAUGGAUAAUGUGGAUAACCUUUUACAGACACCCCUUAGAGAGGGUGAUAAAAGUGGUGCUUGCCCUUCAGAGCCUGAGACCAGCCCUUCUAGUUCAGGGUAUAAGCAAGACACCAUACGUAUCUAUCAGAGUUGUAGCACUCCUGACAUUCUUAAACGAAAUGGUGUGGUGGCCACCAACCAAGAAUUGGAACCAAUGAAGCUGAAAAAAACUACUGAUGACCUGAUGGUACAGGAGUUAGAAGAAGGAGUUGAGGAAAAGCCAAAGAUCUCUGCAAUGGCUAUAAGGAAUUCCCAAAAAAGAGCAAUGGCCAUGAGAGUUGGCUUGGCACAAGCACAGGUUACUGCUACCUUGCAGGAGAUGAGUUUUGACAAGAGAGAAUUAAAACACCUGAAUCUACAAAUACAUCAGCUUUACCAGGUUUUAAAGACGGACAUCUACAAUCUUCAGACGUGUUCUAGUGAGGCACUAGAUGUAGAGGAAGAAGAAGUGCUGGGCAGUUUUGACUUUCUUUCCAUUGACUUCAACACAGAAGACAACAACUCCUGCAAGAGUAGCAGCAGGCUCAUGGACACUAGGUUGAAAGAGAACAACAUGACAAGUCGACCGGGGAUGUCAGAAGAUACAGUAGUGUCAUCAGAAGGGCAACAUCCAGGGCAAAUUGCAAAAAGAACAGACUGUGAGAACCGAUAUCUACUCAGCACUGGGGAGUACACUCUGGAUCAAGCCUUGGAGAUCCACCUCAACAUCUGUAUUGCACUGCUGAGAGCACUGAGGGUGACUAAUUUGGACUACAUGCAACAGUAUAUCCUGGAAGAACUAUCAUGUCAAACUUCUGUGCUUGAAAAAAUCACCUUUUUUACACAGAGGAAAACUUAUGAUAUCUCAGCAACAGAAUUGUGGUCUGGGGCACCAAAGUUGAGAAAUCUCACGAUGUUGUGGAGCGAGUGCUGUGGAAACACCCCAGCAUUUUGUUGCACUGCCGACUCAUUUCUCAGAAUGCUACGCAGACGGUUCAUUCAUAAAGUGAGAGCCAAGUUGCCAGGCCAAGCUGAUAAAGUCUUUGCUCACUUGGUGCAGCAGGUCCAGGCUUGCUCUAUGAUGGUUCCACUGGCACCGUGCACAAGGGAUCUAGUGUCUUUGUUUCAGUUACUUGUCUACCUCACCAACUGGAAGAUCACCAACUUUGGAGAGCAUAUCUCUCACAUGUCCAAAGAAGUGUAUUUAUUAUCAUGUCUGGAGAGCCCAAAGAGGAGAAGAGUUCUAAAGAAACUGAAGAGAAGGAGGAUUUCAGAACUGCAGCCAAUGAGUCAAACCCUCCAGCACCUCGCCAGGUUGCUUACAGAAGAUAGUCAAAAGGUUGUGGUUUCAGCAAACUCGUGUAUUAGUAGGGCUUCAGCGAAUAAGUCCUUUAGAUUAAAGGCCCUGGUUCACUAUACAUGGCUGUUAAAAGACAAUGACAUUCAAGUGCAAAAGCAGGCGUGUUUAGCGCUGAAAUGCUUAAAGGCCCUUGAGAGUGCGGAGCAGGUGGCUGAGCUGUGGCACUCCACAGACGAAGACUUAAGGAAUGCAGCCAGAGAGACCAUUCUGUCAUUCGGGAAAAAGGGCCACAAAGCCUUCCAGAGGAUGGAGCAGAUCUCUGCUGAAUUACAAGAGGAAAGUUAUAAAAACCUAAAAACUGAAAUCACAAUCUUGUAGUGAUUGCACAUUUUUUGUAGUAAUUACACUAAUUCAUUUAUUGCUGAUCAGAAGACAUUAAGAGGUUUAAGAAAUUAGGGGGGAAAAAAGACAAUCCAGCAAUAUCCAACAGUAGGACUUGUUUCUUUAGUUCCUUUUUAAAAAAAAAAAAAACAUUGAACAUAUAAAUGAGUGUAAUAUAAUUUAUUUAACAAACAUAAUAAUAGUGUCAAUCAUUGUAAAUAAGGUAUUAAAAAAACACGUUUCUGGACAGCGUCAGUGUCCAGACAUUAACAUGCAUUCCACAAUUACAGCCCCAGGGAAUAAAACUGCAUCACGUAAAAGCCUCAGUCGGAACAGUCUGACGCGAUCCAGCCAGCCUGUCUAAAUGAAUUUUCAAUCAGAAUAAGAGAAGUGGUGUAAACCUUUAAUAAUCCAUUUAGUAGGGAAACACAUAUAUGUCUGCUCUGUCCUCAUGGACAGCAAGUUAAAACAAAAAGGCAAACGUGAAAUUCUAUGUGAAACUGGGCAAAUCUGGCACAGAGACAUUUGACAUUACUCAGCAAGUUUACAGCGAUGCUGCAAUGAGUCGUUCGAGGUGUUUUAAGUGGCACACGUGCUUCAAGAGCAGAAGAACAUCACUGGCAGACAACAAGAGAUCAGGAAGAUCAUCGACAAGCUCAACUACCAAAAAUGUGGAAACCAUUCGGCAUUGCAUCGAAGAACUCUGUCAGCGUGCUGUGGAUGAAACUUGAGUGCAUGGUGUAUGACCCUGAGACAAAGCAACACCCUUCACAGUAGAAGAGCCCAUCAUCUCCGCUACCCACUGCACCAGCUAAAACACACUAAUCACUGCAAUCAAAUCUUAAGUACAAUAUUUGUGUGUUUAGAUCCAUGUUGUGAGUUUUAUGGUUGAGCGGUGUACAUAUUUUUUGUAAUUAGUAAUUAUUAGUAGUAAUUUAAGUAUUUUUCUUUUUAUUCUUUACACAAAGAUAAAAUACAUGAUAAAUAAAUUUGGUAGGAUGUAUCAUACUUGUAUGUUUAUUUCAAUACCAACCUUUUGCAAAAAAAUAAAAAAUAAAAAUUAAAUGUUAUUACUUCAUGGAGUCACUCUUGUAUAGCCCCCCAAUUUUUUUCUUCUUUGUAAUUAACAUACGACCAGAAUUACAGUACAUACGCCAAUAUAAUACGCUGAUUAUUAUAUAUGGUUCCACUGGGCUCUUCUAUGCGAUCGGACCAGAAGUUGUUUAGGUUACCGGGAGAUGAUGUUAAUGUUUUGGCUGAUUGGUGUAGGCACGCACGCACGCGCACACACACACACUAACUAAAGGAAGAAUUUGAUAUGUCUACGUUUUCAGUUUGCUAGACAUGCUAAUCUCUAAACAAAUUCUGAUCCUUUUAACUCAGGUCCAUAUGGACAGCGACAGGGUGUGCAUUUACAUGGAUUCAACUAAUACUCACAAUAUUAGCCCUGUGGAAUAAAACUGCAUCAUGUAAAAGUCUUAGUCGGAACAGUCUGACCCGAUCCAGCCUGAUCUAAGUUAAUUUUCAAUUAGGAUGAGAGAAGUGGUGUAUAA